AUGGGCUCUGAUACACCACGGUUAACUCAAUAUGCUGCUUUUGCCAACUUGGAGACAGGUGUUAGCCAAAUUGGCCACCUAGAUUCGCAAGCUGGCACAGUGCAACCUCUGAGGUUCCUCUCCGGUCAUCCUGUGGAGAAUCUUUAUCAGGUUAUUGAAGCUGGGCCCCUGCAGAUAGUUGCAUCUGGUUCUGCAGUCCCAUUGACUUCUGUCAAGCUUCUGGCUCCAUUCUCAUGCCGUGACGUACUUGCUAUAGGCAAGAAUUACAUGGACCAUGCACGAGAGUUCAAUUCUUCGGGAUACGACAGCUCAGAUACAGUUGACCGACCGAGUCACCCCGUUAUCUUUACAAAACGCGCGACCUCUAUUACUGGAGAUGGCGAUAAUAUAUUCUUGCAUCCGGCAUUUACACGCAGCUUGGAUUAUGAAGGAGAGAUUGGUAUAAUUAUCAGCAAAGCAGGGUUUCAGAUUCCUAAAGAGGACGCUAUGGACUAUGUAUGGGGAUAUACAAUCAUUAACGAUCUUACAGCGCGGGAAAAACAAAGAGAUCAUAAACAGUUUUUCAUUGGCAAGUCAGCUAAUACAUUCUGUCCUAUGGGUCCUGCUGCUGUUCCCAAAGAAGAUCUACCUUUGACCUUGCGGGUUCAGACGUAUGUGAACGGCGAGUUGAGGCAAAACGCUACAACCGAUGAAUUAAUCUUCGAUAUUUCAACCCUUGUUAGCACAAUAUCUGAAGGACAGACUUUGCAGCCUGGCGAUGUUAUUGCUUCCGGCACGCCUGCUGGAGUCGGCCUCGGACGUACUCCGCCAUUGUACUUAAAGCACGGCGAUGAGAUUGCUGUCUCUGUCUCUGGAAUCGGAACUCUUCGCAAUAGGGUUACAAGUGACAAUGCAGCAGCCAAACAGGUGGCCUCCCAGUCAGCCUUUAGAGUUAGCAAUGCUUGCCGCUCCCUUGGUGCCAGCGUAGGGUUAACCAGCAUCAAUGGCAAACCCCUGAAUUACCGACGUCUCGGUUCCGGCCAGGCGAAUAUUGUUUUCGUCCACGGUCUUGGCGCCACUACUGAGUUCUACUCGCCGAUUAUCUCUCAUCUACAGCUGCAGCAGGUAGCCACUCUACAUCUCUUUGACUUUGAAGGCCACGGCCUCAGCCCAACACAUCCGCUAAGUGUGUUAACUAUGGAGUCUCUGGCAGCCGAUCUUGCAGACAUCUUCAAGGUUGCCGGGAUUAGUGCCUCGAAUCCCGCUACUUUGGUUGCGCAUUCCAUGGGUUGCAUAAUUGCAUUGAAUUUUGCACUUGCAAAUCCCGGUUUGGUAAGCAAGCUCUUGCUCCUCGGUCCGCCGCCCUCACCUCUCCCAGAGCCACUAAGGAUGAGUACCGAUGCGCGUGGCUAUCUUGCUCAAACACAGGGCAUGAAAGCCGUUGUAGACGCCGUCGUGUUAAAUGGCACUUCGGAGAAUACAAAAAGAGCAAACCCCAUAGCAAUGACGGCCGCUCGGCUGAGCUUACUCGGACAGGACCCAAAGUCUUACGCUAAAGCGUGUAGGGCGCUAGCAAUGGCUACAACUACAUUGGCGGUGGAGGCUAUAACAGCACAGACGUUGAUUGUAACAGGAACAGAGGACAAGGUGUCGCCACCGGCAGUCAUAGAGCAGUACUCCCGGCGUAUCAAAGGCGCAAAAGCUAUAGUGUUGCCGAAUGUCGGGCAUUGGCAUACCUAUGAAGAUGUAACGGGCGUAUCAGAGCAAUUAAAGUCUUUGUUAUAA